ACAUCACGUUAUUAAAAUGUUGGAAGGUUAUCCAUACAUUGGUAGUUAUAGAUUAUAGAUAAACAUUAGUCCAACCAUAAUGUUUUAUUAAUGAUUGAAAUAUCCGCAAAAACUUAGCAUGUCUACUAGUGAAUGGAAAUGUCAGUACCGUCUACCUUUUGUAUACUGUCGUAAAUUAUGGUAACCCUAUAACAUUAACAGUACGUAUCUGGACAACAAAACUAAUAAAUUCUAGUUACACUAGCAGUUCGUUAGUGAUUCCUUUUAUCUUCACGAAAUGUAUACAUUUUGAGUGCGUAUCCUACCUUGAUAAACAUCAUUUUUGGAUAAAUAUUACAAUAAUUACACCCCUGUGUUUGCAGUGUACAUAAGUAAACAACGACAAUAUUGAAUUCAACAAAGAUGUCUGAGAAAACAUCCCCCCUACAUUACACUAGUAUAAACGACCUUCUGCAGAAGACAAAUAUCAACUACAAGAAUAAAAAACCAGCUCAUAUCUAUAACAGAUUACCUCAGAUGUACAACAUGGCUGAGGACAGCAGGAAGAAUGGAAAUGAAGAGGUUCAAUAUAUUAUGUUAAAGAGAUGGUUAAAUUCCAUCGAAUGGCUGAAAACUACACAUGAAUAUAAAGAUGACAAGACACAUUCCUUACCACAUAUGCAUGCGAAUCAGAUCAAUGAAGUAAAGAAAAAACUUGCAGACCUGAAUGAAAGAUUAGAUAAGCGAUACAAGCAGAAUAGGAAAGAGAAAUUGUUAGGAAAGAAUAAUAGUGUGGACAAAAUGGAUAUUGAUAAUGUCACAGAAACAGAUUCUUAUAUGACUCCAAUUGACGAACCUAUAAAAUUACCAGAGACACCAACAAGAGAUCCGUUGGUUGGUGACAAUGAGGAAAUUAUAAACUGUAACCAGCUGUUUCCAUUGGUUCAAGAUAUAUAUGGCAGAUAUUUAAUUAUUGAUAUUAGACCUAAAUCACAAUUUGAAAGUUCCAAAAUAUUGUGCAAUCAUUGCGUUAACAUUCCAAGCAGUAAGAUAAAGCUUGGUUUGUUAGCAUCUCAUUUCGAGAAAUUCCUUCAUAAAGACAAGAAAGCUUUAGACUUGUAUAGACAUAGGGGAGUGCAGUUCGUCGACGUUAUAAUUUUACUCGAUUCGAAUACAUCGAGUAAGACUUUGACGCCAAACAAUUCUUUAAGUAUAUUCAGGAAAAUUUUGGAAAACUGGGAUCCUGGUAUAAAACAUGGGAAGAUUACAAUUUUGGAUGGUGGUUACGCAGAAUGGAUAACUCGUUAUCCAGCAUUCACGACAAACCCUAAUAUUUCGGAGCCGACGCUUAAUAAUACUUCGAACGAAAUGUUGGAUAACAUCGAAUACCCUGAAUGGAUACAUUCGGAUGAGGAAGAUAGUAUUAAUAAAACACAUGAAAAUAAAACAGUUAAUGUAAAGACUAUAAAUACGGAGAAGGUAUCGAGGAUAAAUGUUUCAAGCGACAAAACGGAUGUUUCGAGGAAAUAUAAUAACAAUUCAUUGGAACCUCAAUACAAAAGAACUUUGACUACAAUAAAGCGAAAUGAUAUUUCCAUGAAACCAACUGUUGAUCGUAGCAACAAACCAGUAUCAUCAGAUACAUUCGCGUCCGAAGCUAAAGCUGUACUGAAGCUAAUGGGGCAACUGAACGAGCUCGCGAAAAAUAAGCAUAAUUUGGAACAAGAGAUUUUAGAACAAGAACGUGCUUUGUACAUGCAGUACAGUUCCGAAUACAAAAGCACAAACGAAGAAGAGCUUAUCCGCGAUAAUUUAAAGAUUUUGCGCCUGAAAUUAGAAGACAAGCAAAAGGAAUAUGAGAAAGUUGAGAAUGACCUUGCCAAGAAUUACCCCAAAAUGGCUUUAAUUAAAUUUAAUCCUGCUGAGGAGCACGAAAAAGGCGCCCUAGAUCUUAAACUUGGUUUGUUGAAAAUGGGUAUAAAAAAUGUAGCCGCAGCACGAAAGAAAUUACAAGAGAAAUCUAUGAAGAAUGAUUAUAAAGAAUUAUCAGCAAAGGAGAAUGAACAUAAUAUUCAUCGAGAACCUCUGAAAUCGGACAAUUCGUCGUCUAUGGGUAAUUUGGAGCGCUCGUAUUCUAGCCCAAAUUUGCUACAGUUAAUAGACCGCAAAGCACCACGAGUGGACAGAACAUCAAAGCCACAGACACCAUCGCAGAAUCAAAAUGGAUCUCUCAGCAACGAGACUAAAGUGUCUCAUGUUAGUUGGGCAAAUCGCGAAGAAAGAAUGAACCCUGUUCAUGGAAGCGUGCAUCCAGGUAUCACAGGGUUAAAGAACUUGGGUAACUCGUGUUACAUGAACAGUAUUAUACAAUGCUUGAGUAAUACAACGCAUUUAGCUAAAUAUUUCACGGAUAAUUUGUACGCUGACGAUCUCAACACAAGUAACGAUAAUAGUACACAAGGGCAAGUCGUGGAAGAGGUGGCCCAAGUAAUUAAAGUACUCUGGAGAGGCCAAUACAAGAGCAUAUCGCCUCGCGAUCUAAAGAUCGCAGUUGGGCAGUACAAAUUGCAAUUCGAAAGUUACGAGCAGCAGGAUUCCCACGAAUUUUUGACAUUCCUCUUAGACUGGAUGCAUAACGAUCUGAAGAAGAAGUGCAAAGUCCCCUUGGAAAUGACUGUUGCUGAAGAAGCAUGGGACAAAGCAAUGGGAUCGCAAAGAUCUAUAAUAUCAGACUUGUUCUUUGGUCAGCUAAGAUCUACCAUAACCUGCAGUUUUUGUAAGCAGAGCAGUACUACGUAUGAAACUUUCAAUAGCUUGACAACAUCAUUGCCCCAUUCGAAUCGGUGUACAUUAAAUGAUUGUAUAUUGAAAUUCGUAACUGGUCAGAAAGUAGUCGGAUGGAAGUGCCCAAAGUGUCAGACGGCAAGAGAGGCUACAAAGAAAUUUGAUUUUGUGAAACUGGCACCUAUCAUAGUGAUACAUUUAAAUCGUUUCGCCGAGAGCGGUGGUUGGCUCGAGAAAAGAAAUACUGCUGUUGAUUUCCCUCUCACAGGCCUUAACUUGAAGCCGUAUUUAGUUAUGGACAGCACUUCAGCAACCAUCUCGAAUAUUCGUAGCUAUAAUUACAGCUUAUAUGCCAUGUCUAAUCAUUACGGAACCAUGGAAGGUGGUCACUAUACAGCGUUUUGUAAAAAUUCCAAUCAGAAUAAAUGGUACAAGUACGACGAUCAAACAGUAACAGAAGUUUCUGUGAAUCAAGUAAGGUCUCAGAAUACUAGUGCCUACCUGUUAUUUUAUACAUCCUUUUCGAGCAAUAUUAUUUAGUAUUAAUAUAAACAACCACUAGAUAUGCUUAUGUGAAUUUAUUACUUAAAUAGUCACAA